CUUCCGGUUAUGUCUAUGACUACGCUGCCAUUUUGGAACGGCAGUGCUUUUUGUUCGUGUGAAGCGCUUGCUCGUUGUGAGGAGUAGAUUGUGAUUUAGUCAAGUGUAGUUUUAUUUUAAGUCGAACUCAAUCAAAAUGAGCUGGCAAGAUUAUGUCGAUAAACAGUUAAUGGCAUCCAGAUGUGUUACAAAAGCUGCGAUUGCCGGUCACGAUGGGAAUGUCUGGGCCAAGUCAGAAGGCUUCGAAAUAUCAAAAGAUGAAGUCGCUAAGAUAGUGGCCGGUUUCGACAAUGAAUCAAUGUUAACGAGCGGGGGCUUGACGAUAGCGGGUACACGGUACAUCUACCUCAGUGGCACAGACCGCAUCAUACGCGCAAAACUUGGCAAGGUCGGCGUGCACUGCAUGAAGACACAGCAAGCCGUCGUAAUUUCUCUGUAUGAAGAACCCAUCCAACCCCAGCAAGCCGCAUCCGUAGUGGAGAAGUUAGGAGACUAUUUAAUUACCUGUGGUUAUUAGAGAUCGAAGCGCGCCGUGAUCUAAGAAUACUAUAAGAUAAUAUUUUUUCCACAGGGAAAUAAGUAACUGCAUUUUGUAUAUUCUAUAAAGUGAUAAGGACCGUUCAUUUGUUUUGAUAUUCGAUAAAUUAUGGCGUCAUCAGUGCGUGAUGCGUUUAGUAACUGUGUGCAGAUGCAAUUACUUUGCGGAUUUUGGACCCUUUUUUUACGCUCACCGCUUCCAUAAAGUAAUUGUAUGCUGUAAUGGUUUAAACAUGUAUUUUAAAGUUUGCUUUUAUUGACCAGUAAGCAGCUUUGCAAGCAGGUCUCAAAGCAUGAUGUAUAGAGAUUUUUUUAGGUUUCUUCUCAAGCAAUCUGAUACUUUAUCUGGCGUGUACAAUGAUCUAAAUUAUAAUUAUAAUCAAGGUAGACUUAAAUAUCGUCACUAGCCAUCUAGACACAAUGCCCACGUACAGAUGCUUGAAAAGAAUUAUAAUAACCACGUAAUGAAAUUACUGUAACAACAUUAUACAACAUAUAUAUAUAAUUAUAAAUAGCAUUCGUGUAAGGGCUUGUUACAAAUUGAAAGACACUGUAACCCAAGUAUUACGAUUUUAAUUGAAGAUCUCUAGUCCCACUGGAACCAUCGUGUGAGUAAUAUCCGACACAUGAGUGCGUGGCAAACGAGGCUCGAACCGCGACGCGCCGCGGUCCGGCCUCCACAUGGCCCGCUAUUACAAUUUUCUGCUAUGCUUUCUUUUAAUUGUGCCGCAUUUAUAAUCUUGUGUAGUGAAUAAUAAACAUUUUGCAUUCUGUUCUAUUCUAUCUCUUAGCUGCAGAAAUAGAAGCGCUCAAUUACCCUGUAUCCUCAGACAAGGCUUGCAGUAAACGAAGGGUGCAUAUUGUUUAUAUUUGAUAUUACUACUAUAGCUUUGUACAUUGUUUCUGAUAAGCGAUGGGAACUGUGUCUAUCUAAUAAUAAAAUGAUUUGUAUUAUAA